GAUCUCGCUAUAACUUUUAAGAGUUCAAUUUAUAGUACUCGAGGGGACAUUGUUUAUCAAUAGAGAUAACAAAAAAAAAAAACAGUUUUUUUUCUUUUCUUUUCUUUUGGUUCGAUGUUGUCGGAUUCUUUGUAGCAUCUAAGCAGAAUGGGUUCCGAACAACGAAAAGCAUCUACGUCGUCCUCUUCGGUUCCGUCUGAGGAUCAGUCGAUCUCAACAAGCCUCCGUGAGAAGCAUCAGUGGGAACUAAAAAAUUUGACAUUGACAACCCAACCAUUCAAGACGUUGAAGCUUUUCUUUUUGGCUACUAUUCAAUAUCUGAAGCAUUCCGGAUUAUAUAUUCUCACAGAAGGUGGUUCGGUUAAGCUCUUGGGUGCUCUGUUAGUAGCUGUUGGAAUUCUGCUUAUAGCCAUUGAUGGACCUCAUGAAAAGCAUGUUGAGGAGUUUCUUCGCUAUUUCCAAUUUGGACUGUGGUGGGUGGCUCUUGGUGUAGCAUCUUCCAUUGGUCUUGGAUCUGGUUUGCACACAUUUGUGUUGUAUCUUGGUCCACAUAUUGCACUGUUUACAAUAAAAGCCAUGCAAUGUGGCCGAGUUGAUUUGAAGACUGCUCCGUAUGAUACAAUUCAACUGAAACGAAGUCCAUCAUGGCUUCUGAAGGAUUGCUCGGAGUAUGGCCCCCCAGUUUUUGCAUCAUUACAUGGUUCAAGUGUUCCACUGAGCAGCAUAUUGCCCCAGGUUCAAUUGGAGGCUAUUCUGUGGGGUCUUGGAACUGCACUUGGAGAGCUUCCUCCUUAUUUCAUCUCUAGAGCAGCACGAGCUUCAGGAAGCAAGGUGGAUGCAAUGGAAGACCUGGACUCAUCCUCCGCCGACAAUAAUGGUGUCAUUGCAAGUCACUUAAAUCAAAUCAAACGCUGGCUCCUUUCACAUUCACAACACCUGAACUUUUUUACAAUUUUAGUUCUUGCUUCGGUUCCAAACCCUCUAUUUGAUCUUGCUGGCAUCAUGUGUGGGCAAUUUGGGAUUCCAUUUUGGGAGUUCUUCCUUGCAACAGUGAUUGGAAAGGCGAUUAUUAAGACCCACAUACAGACAGUUUUUAUCAUCUCGGUAUGCAACAAUCAACUGCUAGAGUGGAUCGAGAAUGAGUUGAUUUGGGUCCUUGGCCAUAUCCCUGGUCUUUCCUCUAUCCUACCUACCCUUGUCGAUAAAUUACACAUGGUCAAAGAGAAGUACCUGGCUGGUCCACCUCCAGUGCCCUCAAAUAUUAAGGUGAAGAAAUGGGAUCUUUCAUUUGCUUUAAUAUGGAACACUGUUGUGUGGCUCAUGCUCAUGAACUUCUUUGUCAAAAUUGUGACGGCGACUGCUCAGAGUUUUCUCAAGAAGCAGCAGGAAAAGGAGUUGAGUGUACUGACUGAAGCAGUAAGACAUUCUAGUGGGAAGUCUAACUGAGUACUUUAGUGAGCUCGUGAAACCCAUUUUAAUCCCCCACCUUUUAUUUUUUUUCUUGGUUCCAAGCAGAGAUAAUUGAGAUUGUGUGGGAUCCAUUGUCACCACUUGGGGCCAACCCCAAAUCUCUGUCUGCAUUAAGUUAGCCAUGUUAAAGAUCCUGUAUAGAAAAUGAAC